CACUGCGAGUGAGCUUGUUCAGUUGAGCUGGACGACGACGAAGCGAGCGAUCUGUGGCUUCCAGAUCCAUAUCCAUUCACCGACACACAGGCAAAACGAAAAAAGAUGAAGGAAAAGAUGAGCUAUGGCGUUUGGCGAAGGAGGCGGGUGUCCGUCGGAUCAAUUCUGAUAGUCUGUGCGUUGUGUGCUGGAGCGGGGCUGUUGAUGCUCAACUUACGACAAGUCGAUCCUCCGACGAGCCCCGAUUUCUAUAUGCAGAUUGGAAAUUUGGAUUCGGAGUCUGAAAACGGCGGCGGAGUUGAGCUGGAGACGGAGCCGCAGAGCAAGAGUAAGCGUAAUUCGAGCUCGUGCGCGACGGUGGAGGAGAUGGGAAAGGAGUUCGAAGGAGGAGGGUUUUGGGAGGAGAGUCUCAGAGUCAGGAAGUUUAUUCAGCAUCACUUUGACUUGAAUGGUGCUUCCAGGGGGAAAAUUCCCUUUUGAGGAUUACAUUUCCUAUUCCAAUUUUUCCUUUACCAUCAGAGAAAUUAAGCAUCUUUGGAGACUUAAUAAAUGUGCAAACAAGUAUGGAAGGCAACUGGUUAUGAGAAGUGAUGACUUUGAGAAGCCAGCACAGACCAAUGUUCUUUGUAGCAACUGGAUAGAAUGGAAGCAACCCAUUAUAUGGUUCCAAGGGACGAAUGAUGCUGUGGCAGCCCAGUUUUUCUUGAAGAAUAUCCACCCUGGGAUGAGGAAUGCUGCUUCUACUUUAUUUGGGAAGCCAGAGGAUCUCCAUUCUCGGCCUAAUGUAUUUGGGGAGCUGAUGAGAGUGCUUAUAACCCCUUCUGUGGAUGUUCAGGAAGCAGUCAAUUGGGUUCUUGGUGGAGCGGAACCUGAUAUUUCACUGCACAUGCGAAUGCUCAUGAAUAAGUCUGUGAGAGCUGCACAGGCAGCAUUGAAUUGCAUAAAAAAAUCCAUGCACAAUCUUGGCAAGUCCCCAAGACCUAGGGUGGUGCUAGUGUCAGAUAAUCCCUCUCUUGUGAAAAGUAUUACUCCAAAUAUAAGUAAAUUUGCAGAGGUUAUUCAUUUUGAUUAUGAACUAUUCAAAGGAAAUAUAUCCGAUGGCCGUAAAGGAUUGCACAGUUUAGAUUUUAGAGUGAAGGAUUGGGGUCCAGCACCUAGAUGGGUUGCUUUUGUGGACUUCUUUCUUGCAUCGCGUGCAAAACAUGCUGUUGUCUCCGGGGCUCACAGGCGUGUUGGGACUACCUAUGCUCAGUUAAUUGCGGCACUGGCUGCAGCAAACAAUCUUGGCAACGACCCAACCGGUUCAAGUUUUGCAUUCUUAAGCAGCUUCCAAGGUGAUUUGUUGAGAGAAGGUCUAAGGUUUCAGAUCGGUUGGGGGCAUGUGUGGAACAGAUUUGCUGGUCCACUCAGUUGCCAUAGCCAGCCCAAUCAGUGUGCUUUCACGCCACUUCUCCCUCCGGCUUGGUGGGAUGGUCUUUGGCAAUCCCCGCUUCCUAGGGAUAUCAAGAGGCUGGCGGAGUACGGGAUUGAGUUAUCCGGUUUUGGCACGAUCGACGAAAAUCAUCUUCGGUCUUUUUGUAGUUCAAGGAAGGUGGUUGUGAAAACUAUUCCGUUCCUUUUGUAGUAGUUAUCAUUCAUUUCGUUCAUGCACAUUACACGUUAUUUCUCUUAUUAUUCUACUUCUAGCAAGCACCUCUUGGUCGAA